AUGACUAGUUUGACUGCUUAUAGUAUUUACCAUGUCGUUAUCAGAUUCAACCUUGAAGCAAACAUAUUCUACCCCAGCGAGGAUAAGAUCGAACUUCCUUUAGUAUUAGUCAAUACCCAAAAACCACUUGGCCAUAGUGUGACAAAUGCAUCUAUUGCUGAUACAGCGGUCAGGGCCAACAGAAAGCAUAUCAUGGCCCUGGCAGAAGGCCGUGGAAAGGCUACAGAGAUUGGGAUGUGUACCAUAUAUCUCGAUACAAAUGAGUGUAUAUUAUCCCAGUUUGCAGACUCACAGACAUACAUCAAGACAUUGCAUCAAAUACACUUGAAUAACCCUCAAAAGAUUCUUGUGGCCUCCAUGCCUUUAGAGCAUGGAAUUAACAAGCUCUGCCAAUUAAUUGAGCAGAAAUUCCCCAAUAUAUCUAUUGAAUCGCUUUCACGCAACUAUUUCUCAGAUGAUGUUGGUAUGACCUUCUUGAGAGAUCUUGGAAUUCAUGACAACGCCUCCACGCUUUUAUUAGGAAUAUCAAAAAAGUACUAUUGCCUAGCAGCCGCUGCAGCCAUAUUUCGUUAUGUUUUGGAACGAAACGAUACUACAUACGCACUUCACACAAUACUUUUCAAGUACCAAGUGGCACAAGACAUCAUCACGGCAAGAAACCUGGAGCUUGUGACUAAUAGUGACAAAAGUCACAGCAAAGAGACUCUUUACGGUAUUUUGAAUCAUACCUGCACACCAAUGGGUGCUCGAUUAUUGCGGAUGGCCAUUCUUCAGCCUCUCACAGAAAAGCAAAUAAUACAAGACAGACUGGACGCAGUGGAAGAACUUGUUGAUAACGAAGAGAUGCUAUUUGGUAUACAAUCUUCCUUAAAAUAUUUGAGUGACAUGGAUCACAUAAUUUCAGAUAUUAUCAAAAUCCCAAAGAAGCAAACCACUCGUUACUCUGAGGCAAAGAUCAAUAACGUUAUUACACUUCGAAACGCGCUAAAAACCAUAAAGAAUAUUUCCGAGAUCAUAAAAUGCUCAAACAGCACUGUUAUUUCACUAGCUUUGAAUGCAAACAUUCUCUUGGAGCAAAUAAAGGAAACACUGAACGACGAAGUGGGUUACGAAAAAUCAAAUCUCGGUUUACGAAAUCAAAAGUGUUAUGCAGUAAAGGAAACACGCCAGGCAUACAAAGAAACAAUUCAAGAUAUUUAUGAGAUGUCAUCUCAAUACAUUGAAUCCACUGGUCUCCCGAUAAAACUUCAAUUUGCAAAUGCCAAAGGCUUCCAUCUGUCUAUUGCUUCAUUUGAUAAAAUAAAAGGACCCAGUUUCCCACCAGUCUUUAUCAAUGUAGUAAAGAAAAAGAAGAGUAUAACAUUCACAACCAUGGAACUGCUUAAGCGAAACUGCAGACUUGAAGAGUCAUUAACAGAAAUAUAUCUAAUGUCAGAUAGUAUUGUGACAAACCUUUUAGAAAAGAUCCGGUCUAAUAUUAGCAUUAUGUACAAGCUAUCUGAAUCCAUUGCUUCAAUUGAUUUGUUGGCUUCUUUUGCAAAAAAUCAUAUGCUACGUGAUCAUUAUAUUAGGCCUGAGUUUACAAACACAUUUGCGAUCAAGUCUGGUCGACACCCGAUCCUAGAUAUAAUCCGUAAAGGCCAAAUUGUUCCUAACGACACCUAUAUCUCUCUCUCGAGCAGCUUUCAAUUCAUUACUGGCCCUAAUAUGAGUGGAAAAUCGACCUACAUAAAACAGAUUGCUUUGCUCACGAUUAUGGCUCAAAUAGGAUCAUUUGUGCCAGCGGAAUAUGCUUCAUUUCGUAUAUCAAACCAGCUACUGUCUAGGCUAGCAAAUGACAGUUUUCUCGACAUGAAUACCUCGUCAUUUAUGUCUGAAAUGCGGGAAGCUGCCUAUGUACUGCACAACAUAAACGAUACGAGUUUAAUACUUAUAGACGAGCUUGGUCGAGGGACGUCUUUUAACGAUGCACUUGGAAUAUCUGGUGCAAUUUGCGAAGAGAUUAUAAGAUCAAAAGCGUACUGUUUAUUUUCGACUCAUUUACAUCAGCUAACCACAUCUCUAUCUAUAUAUCCAAAUGUUGUUAAUCUACAGCUCAAAGUUGAUAUAGUAAGUCUUCUAGAGAAUCAUUAUCAAAGCAGUUAUACUCAUCUAUCUAUUGAGACCGAUGAAAUGGAUAAAUGUGCAAUACAUUUUCUAUACACAGUAGAGGAUGGCAAUACCACAAAGCUUCAUUACGGCCUAAAGGCGGCGCAGCUUGUUGGAUUUCCCAACAAUAUACUUGCUCGUGCUCACGAAAUUUCAACAAAGCUCGAAGACGCGAAGAUAGAAGUUGCAGAUGUUAAUAGCAGCAUUUAUUUAAAUAAAUCACGGCAAAAAGUUAUGCUCUGGUUCGCAGAUAAAGUCACACAGCUCAACCAGACAGAACUAUGUGAUGAAAUGUUGUAUGAGAGGCUUUUACUCUUGCAAGACGAGUACAAUAAUCAUCUAAGAGCUCUUCAGUGGGAUGGUAAUAAUGCAACCUCGGCCCCAAGUGAGAUUAGUGAUUAUUACACAAUAUAA